ACCGCGCAACAUUGCAUUUUGGGAUACCUUUCUCCAUCAUGGCGGAUUAGGUAGUCGGCUAACGUUAACGGUUAGCAUAUUCAGCGAUUGUUUGGUUUCACACAUUGAAGGGGUGCAGCUAUCUGGCAUUUUCCACACAGGGACUGCAUCCACCGAACCUAAACUGGUGUUGAGUGACGGUGCAGCACGCCAGUGUCAUUAAGAGGGCAUUUUACAAAAUUGGGGACAGCACAAUGGAAUGUGCAUUGGGCAUACCGUCAGGUGAUGAAGAGGCACCUGAGAAAGAUGAAAUGAAUGCCAAGGAAGGGAUUGAGCCACCCCACAAGAAAAACAAGAAGCACAGAAAACACAAGAGCAAGAAGAAGAAGAGGAAGAAGAAGGGGGAAAAGGAGAGCAGUUCAGAAUCUGGUGCUGAGUCGGAUGCAGAGCCUCCGCCGCCGCCGAGGGCUGUCAGGACCACCAGAGCCAGUGCCAGACUGGCAGCAGCUACAGGAGCUGGAGACCCAGCUGGGCUAAAGGAGGAGUGCAGAAGGGAUGUAAUUACAGAUCGUGCAGACACAGAGGGAGAUGCAAAAUCCAAAAAACACAAAAGACACGCUGCCAAGAAGAAGAAAAAGAAGAAGAAGAAAGAAGAAAAGCAGGAAAAGAAAUCCCCAUCUCGCUCUCCAUCUGAAAGCAGCUCAGCUUCAGGCUCUGAGUCUGAAGGUGAAGGAGGGAAAGGGGCUGGUGAUGGCAAAUACUCUCCUGCUGCAGCAUCUGAACUGCAAGACCCUGCAUCCAAACUGGUUUCAAAAAGCAAACGAGGGGAGAAACCUGAAGUGCUUGGAGUGAAGAAAGAGGAGCUAUCAGAUAUGGAUGUGUCCCCAUCUGGAGGGAAGGGCAGUAAUACCAAUCGAUCUGAAAAAGAUAUCAGGUCCCCCUCCGCAGGCCAGGAUGAGAUAACACAGACAGUAAUGGUUAAGACAGAAGGUAGUCAUGCUGAUGGUACAUUCAGCCAUGCCCAGGAACUCCCUGACAUUAUCCCUAAACAGGAAGCUGGUACUGCAAGAGAUGACCCCGUCCUGAAAGAUCAGGCAAAUUCAACUCAGAAGGCAAAGGUCAGGGAGCGUGAUUCAUCCAGGUCCAGGUCUCCUUCCCCUCCCAGGAGCAUAGACAUUAAAAGGUCUGGGUCAAGUCAUAGUCGUUCCCCAACAUCUAGUCCUAGCAGGCAGCACUCUGACGGGCAAACAGCAUCAGCAAAGAAAGAACGAUCAAGGACCCAUUCCAGGUCAACCUCUAAGGGAAAACGGUCUACCACCCCUAUAAAGUGUCGGCAGCUUUCCCGCUCUCAGUCACGCUCUCAGUCCCCUAAAUCUAGGAAGAAGUCUCUCACCCCGUCUCCCAAGAGAGCUAUCUGUCAGUCCCGGUCGACCUCUCGCUCCCUCACACCAAAGAAGAUAUCAAAGUCUCCAAGGAAGUCAAAGUCUCCUAAACGUCGGAGGAGUUCAUUGUCUGUUUCUCCAAAGCGACGCAGAAGUUCCCGCUCUCCUAAAAGAAAGGUGUCACGAUCCCCUAAACGUGGGGGGCGCAGGUCCCCCUCCCUAUCUCGGUCUCCAAGGAGAAGUCGAAGGUCAGAGUCACGACCCCGUGGAGGCACAACUCACUCCAGGGCCCGCUCACCUAGAAGAGGUGGUGCAGUUGGCAGGCAUUCAAGGUCACGUUCAAUCACUAGAAACCGCCGCUCCAGCUCUAAAUCAAGACGCCCUAUACGCCGCUCUCGGUCGCGAUCACUGGCAAGACGUGCAGGAGGUAGGCGCUCCAGGAGUCGAUCUUUGUCUAAACGUAGGCGGUCACCACCCCCCAGAUCCCGCCGCUCACGCUCCCGGUCAACCCGCAGAAGCAGGCGAACUCGGUCACGAUCCGUUGUAGUCCUCAAGCGCAACCGGCGCUCCAGAUCUAAAAGUCCCCGAAAACGUACCCGUUCCAGAACCCCUCCCUGUCGACGGCGCUCCCGUUCCCCCGCCAGGAGAAAUCGUUCUCCACCGAGGUCUGGCAAACGGUCCAAAUCUCGCUCGUUGUCUCAAAGGCAUCGGUCAAAGUCACACUCGCCACUACCUGUCAAGAGGAAGUCCAAAUCUCCUAGGAAGAGUGGAAGAAGGUCAAAGUCUAAAUCUGUCUCUGUAGGCUUGAACAGAUCCAAGUCCAGGUCUGAGUCAAGUGAUGGGCGUUCAGACAACUCCUCCCCUGCCAGAUCCACAUCAUCUUCUCCUGUUAAACAGAUAAAGGCUUCCUCUCCUGAAGCAAAGCAGACAACUGGAGAAAGUGGAGGAUUUACAGCUACAGCAGGUGCCUGGAAACCCAUGCCCUCAUCAGAUGCCUCCAGCCCCCAAGCGAGGAGUUCCUCAGAUACGUUGCAGGAGCAGCCUCAGGCGCUUUCUCCCAACCAUGACAAGGAGCAGAGGCCGCGUGCCAGCUCAUCCAAUGAACGAAAUGUUUCCAGGUCCAGGUCUGGUUCUAGAGAGCCCAGCACUGGCCCAGAUGGGUCAGAUUGUUCAGCAGCAUCAGAUGAAGAAGAGGUUUCUUCCUCCCCAGUUAAAAUGGUAUCUAAACACCAGAAAAGCUCAACUUCUUCACCUCGACGAUCAACGUCCAAGUCUACAUCUAGAAGGAAGCAGUCAAGGUCCAAGUCUCCUGUGAGAAAAAGAGAAUCUGUCUCUCCAUCAGAAAGGAAGAAACGGCGGUCCAAGUCUCGGAGUCCUGCCUGGCGAAGGAGGUCGCGCUCUGCCGCACGUCGUAAACGUUCACACUCCAAGUCACGAACCAGAAUCCGGCGAUCCAAGUCCCGCUCUCCUGCCCGAAAAAGACGAUCUCGCUCACCCAAUGCCCGUGGGAAGAGGAGGUCCAAAUCCACAGACAGAAGCAAGCGAUCAAAGAGCCGCUCCACAGGCCGGAGGAAAAGGUCAGGAGACAGAAGUAGGCGAUCAAGGUCUCGUUCUUCUGAUCGCAGACGCAGGUCUAGGUCAAGGGGCCGAGGGAGGCGCCCGGUGUUUCGCAGUCGUUCGUUUGAUAGGCGGGACAGGUGGAAAAGGGAACCCAGUCACUCUCCAGUUCUCAUUCUUCGCAAACAGCGACGCUCAGGGUCCCGAACACGACGCAGCACCAGCAAGACUCCUCCACGCCUCACUGACCUGGAUAAGGACCAGUUGCUGGAGAUAGCCAAAGCUAAUGCUGCUGCUAUGUGCGCUAAGGCAGGGGUUCCCAUUCCUGAGAGUCUUCGGCCGAAAGCCAUUCUCCAGCUCCCUCUACCCACUCCAUCUCCUACCCCCCUCUCCUUACCUCUACCUUUACCUCUCCCAAUGGGCAUGGGGAUGCCCAACAUGCCGAAUAUGCCCAACAUGGGUCAAAUGGGGAUGCCCAAUAUUCCAGGAAUGCCCAGCAUGUCAAACAUCACCAUGAGUGCCGCUAUGGCAAGUAUGACAGCAGCUACAAUGACAGCUGCCCUGACCAACAUGGGUGCCCUGGCAGCCAUGCCUCCCCUGGCCCCACUUCCUACAAUCACUAACAAACCUCCCCCAUGUCUCGUCCCCCCAACGCCAACCCUUAACCUGGACCACAUCGAGGAAGCAAAGAGGAAGGUCACACAGCAAGCUAACAUUCACACCAUCAAGGAGCUUACUGAGAAGUGUAAGAUGAUUGCAAAUAGCAAGGAGGAGAUGGCUAUUGCUAAACCCCAUGUCUCAGACGAUGAAAGCUAAAACCGCCAAGCCCUCACGACACGACUCCUCAAAGACUAAUGAAAGUAAAAAAAAAAAAAAAAAUGUUUUACAGGAGGACCUACCUUCCCACAGUUCCCUUUGGCAGCCAGAUGACCUGACUGAGCCUCAUAAACCACCGAGAAGAAGAGCACCCAAGUUGUCGACCAGAGUGAACUAGACACAUUGACAUGUUGUAUGACUGUAUAGUGAGUGUGGGUCUGUGUGUGAAUUGUUGGUUGGUGGGUCGGUGUGUGUACUGUGUAUAUAGUUAAUUUCACCACCUCAGUGUUUCUGCUCAUUUAGGCAGUCACUGACUGAAGAGGAAACCAAACUAACUAGUGUCGCAAGUGUUUUGUAAAAGAUUAGUUUCUCUAAAUUGCUUUUACUUUUAUGCUUUAAAGAAUUGUGUUAAGUGGAGACUGCUUCCUUGUUCUGCUGUAUUCCCCUUAGUUAGCGCCAAUUCCUAGUUUUAUAAACAAAUAAUGCAGACAACGUUUUGGUAGAUUCUUACACGUGAUUUGUUUUCACAAGCCCAGGUUUUCAGGGCAAAUGAGUGACCACGUGAAUCCUGGAACAUGGUGCCAGACCUGAUUUUUUUGAAGGAAUGGAAUAACUGAAUAUAUUGGAUGCAAGAAGGUUUGCUUUUUGGCUAUGACGCACAUUCAUUCACAAAACAUUACUUUUAGCACUGCCCUGGGUGUGAUUUUUCCUCCUUCUAAACUGCACCAACCUAAUCUUUGACUCUACCCUGGUUUUUCAUAUUGGACUAUGUUGGGGGAUUUUCUUUGGAAACAUGUUUGCUGUAUAUUUAAUGGCAUUUUAUCUGCCACACUUUUAACACCAAUAUCCUAACAUGCAGUGUUUUGCAGAUAUAAUUUAAGAUCCACAAAAAGCAUACAAUUUGUAUUCCCUGGGGAUUGCCAUGAUAGGGUUUUAAAAAAAGACAUUUGAUUGAGUGUAAACAUGAAAGGCCUAUGUUUCUAUUAUUUGUUAUCCAGGUUUGAUUUUAAAAGCAAUGCAGGUUGAUGGCUGUCUUGGAGAACCCUCAUGUCUGGACCUUGCCAUCAGAACAUAACCUACCAUAAUACCCAAAAUCCCAGAUUCAUAUCACAACUGAGCUCCAAUUGACGGGACCUUGAGCCACCAAGCUUUAGCUAUAGCAAUGUAAAAAACAAAAAACAGAUGAGGGAUAAUGUAACUUCCAAUAAACUUAACAAUGUAAAUGGCGGUAGUUAUUACCUUAGAAUAAAAUUUCUAAUUCACUGUGUUGCUGAAUACAUGAUAAACAAGUUUUUUUUUUAUAUAUAAAUAUGCUUUAGAUAUUCUUUUGCCUUUCUGUUGCUGUUUACAUUAUUAAAACAAUUAUGAGUAGCUUUUAUUGAGGCACAUAUGAAGAACAAUUAAUGUUAUUUUGCUGGGGCUGACAAAUUACUUACAGUGGUUAUAGAGUUGAAUGCAGAACGUUGAGUAUGUCCUGAACUGUGCGAUUGUUAAUCCAAGUUUUUUGCAUAGACAAUCAAGGUUCUUUGUCUUGAGGCUUUUUUUGUUUUUUUGAAGAAAGAACUAUAACCACAAUUUAUACAUCUUGCAGCAUUGCAAAUAUGAGACAAUUGUCAUGGAUCAGUGCAAACAAUGGAAAAACCCAACAAGCCCUUUUCAUUUAAUCCACUGACUUAAUAUUUGUUGUAAAUGUUGCCCUUGCCCCUAAUUGGUCUUCUGUGUUAGCUGCGUCUGGAUAAACACGUACAUGUUUUACUGAAUGCUUUUGUACCCUUGGAUAACUGAUGAACAAGACAAACUUGGUGCUUUUGGUAAAUUUGGCAGUGUUGAGGUUUUUGAGGAAUCUUGCGCUCUUAACUCAUUUAUUCAUUUUGUCAACCUCCCACACCCAGGGCUGUUUAACUGGAAGAUGAUCUGUUAUGGUUUCCAACUAUACUGUCUGUACCAAAAGAAUUGUUGAAUUGAUCCCUUGAGUUACUCUUUAGCUAUUUUAAUGACAGAUAAAAGAUGAAAAUGCAUUUUAGGAAUCUUUUUUGUUGUUGUUGGGCUAAUUGAAUAUGACAUUGCCUGCUUUGUACAUAAAUGUGUUGAUUAUUAAAAACCUCAAUGAUCUGUA